AUGUUUAUAUACGGGAUGCUUCUUGCAUUCCUUGCAUCAGAUAUCAUCUCUGUAUCUGUCAUUGUCUCCGAAGAAAUGUAUCCAUCCAAGGUUGGUGGGCCGGCAUCUGCACCGCCGGUGACCGGCGUUCCCAUGGCUCACAAUGCCUUUGGUGGUGCUGAAACCCAGCCGGUGUGGUCCACCGGUCUCUGUGAUUGCAUGGAUGACUUCGGCAACUGUUGCAUGACUUGUUGGUGCCCGUGCGUUACUUUCGGCCGGGUCGCGGAGAUCGUAGAUAGAGGCACAACCUCGUGCGGGGCGAGUGGAGCGCUGUACGCGUUGAUAAUGGCGUUGACUGGCUGCCAGUGCAUAUACUCGUGGUUCUACAGGACGAAGAUGAGGGCUUAUUACAACUUGCCCGAUUCCCCGUGCUGCGACUGCUGCGUCCACUUCUGCUGCGAAACCUGCGCUCUGUGCCAGGAGUAUAGAGAGCUCAAGAACCGUGGAUUCAACAUGGCCCUCGGGUGGCAUCUUAACGUGGAAAGGGAGGCCGGAGGAGGAAUGACACAGCCACCAAUGAUGCAGGGAGGCAUGAUGCGUUGAGGAGAUCAUGAGAAAUGGACGAGUGAUGCUUUCGGUGAUGUCACAUGUAACAGUAGCUACCGUAAUAUCUGCUCCUUUUUCUUCGCUUGUAUGUGGUGCAAUGUAAUAUAUUCAUUCGCUCUAGUGUUGUUCUUGUCUUUGAAUAAUUGGCGAACAAAGGAUACUGUUGUUUGGAUCCAA